GUCCAGUGGCCUCGCUCAGGUAGAGAGGCGACCGGAGGCCAAGGCGGAAGUGAGGCGGCUAACCUGGGAGGGGAGGACACAGGGUUGGCAGUCGCUGGGCGCUGAAGAGGGGCGCAGGGCUCGGGAAGGGCGCGUGCGUCGCGACAGGCCCCGGAGGAGGAGGCAGGGAAAGGCCGGGCGCCGGGGUCGACGGUCCGGGGAUCCAGCCUGGAAGAUGCACAGGAGGAAGGGACCUCCGGGACCCCCAGGCCGAGGCGCUGUCGCCGCCCGCCAGCUGGGCCUCCUGGUUGACCUGUCCCCAGACGGCCUGAUGAUCCCUGAGGAUGGAGUUAACAAUGAGGAACUGGAGGCUGAAUUCUUGGCCUUGGUGGGGGACCAGCCCCCAGCCCUGGAGAAGCUCAAAGGCAAAGGCCCCCUGCCCAUGGAAGCCAUCGAGAAGAUGGCCAGACUGUGCAUGAGAGACCCAGACGAGGAGGAAGAAGAGGGGACAGAUGAGGAUGAUGUGGAGGCUGAUGACGACCUGUUGGCGGAGUUGAAUGAGGUCCUGGGAGAAGAGCAGAAGGCUUUGGAGCCCCAGCCAUCAAUGGCCCAGCCAAAGCCCUCAGCCCCCUGCCUAGGGGUCGAGGCCACUUUGCAGGAGAGGCUGGCCCUCUACCAGAGAGCAAUUGAAGGUGCCAGGCAAGCUGGAGACAGUGCCAAGAUGCGGCGCUACGAUCGGGGGCUUAAAACGCUGGAGAAUCUGCUGUCCUCUGUCCAGAAGGGCAACACCAUUGAUGAAGCAGACAUCCCGCCGCCUGUGGCCAUAGGAAAGAGCCUAGCAGCCAUGCCCAGCCACAGCCUUGCACCCACCCAGCCAGCGCCUUCAAUCCUGCCAACUCCGGAGCCCAGGGUCACCCUGGAGGGUCCUCCUCCCACCACCCCAGCUUCAUCCCUAGGCUCAGCUAAGCCACAGCUGCCCCCAGGUCCCUGUAGCCCCAGCCCUCUGACCCAGUUGCAGACCCGCCAGCGGGAGUAUAAGCUGGCUGCCCUCCAAGCCAAGCAGCAGGGAGAUUCCGCCACUGCUACCAGAUACUUCCGUGUGGCCAAGAGCUUUGAUGCCAUCUUGGAGUCUCUGAGCCGGGGGGAGCCCGUGGACCUGUCUCACCUGCCCCCUCCACUUGACCAGCUGCCCUCAGACCCACCAUCACCAAUACCACAGCCUCUGACUCCUGCCACAGCACCCUCCAUGCCAGAUGUCCCCCUACCCCCAAGGACCCUACUGGAGGCGCUAGAGCAGCGGAUGGAGCGUUACCAUGUGGCCUCAGCCCAGGCCAAGAGCAAGGGGGACCAGCGGAAGGCUCGCAUGCAUGAGCGCAUCAUCAAGCAAUAUCAAGAUGCCAUCCGAGCCCACAAGGCUGGCCGAGCCGUGGAUGUGGCUGAGCUGCCUGUGCCCCCAGGCUUUCCCCCCAUCCAGGGCCUGGAGGCCACUGAGUCUGUCCAGCAGAGCCUAGUGGGUGUCCUAGAGACUGCCAUGAAGCUGGCCAAUCAGGAUGAAGGCCCAGAGGAUGAAGAGGAUGAGGUGCCUAAGAAGCAGAACAGCCCUGUGACUCCCACAGUCCAGCCCAAGGCCCCACCCUCAAGGGCUCCCCAGUCAGGACCAGCCUCCGCAGCCAAAGCAGCCCCUAAAGGCACAUCCACCAGAGCCCAACAGCAGCUGGCUUUCCUGGAGGGCCGGAAGAAGCAGCUCCUACAGGCUGCACUGCGAGCCAAGCAGAAAAAUGAUGUGGAGGGCGCCAAGAUGCACCUGCGCCAGGCCAAGGGACUAGAGCCCAUGCUGGAGGCCUCACGCAAUGGGCUGCCUGUGGACAUCACCAAGGUGCCACCUGCUCCUGUCAACAAGGAUGACUUUGCUCUGGUCCAGCGGCCUGGCCCAGGUCUGACUCAGGAUGCCGCCCGGCGCUAUGGUGAACUCACCAAGCUGUUAAGGCAGCAGCAUGAGAUGUGCCUGAACUACUCUAACCAAUUCACCCACCUAGGCAACAUUGUUGAAACUAGCAAGUUUGAGAAGCUGGCAGAGGACUGUAAGCGAAGCAUGGAGACCCUAAAGCAAGCCUUCGCCCGGGGUCUACCCACACCUGCAGCCCGCUUUGAGCAGAGGACCUUCAGUGUCAUUAAGAUCUUCUCUGACCUCAGCAGCAACGACAUGCUUCUAUUCAUCGGGAAGGGCAUCAACUUGCCCACACCCCCAGGGCUGUCCCCUGGUGACCUGGAUGUCUUUGUUCGGUUCGACUUCCCCUAUCCCAAUGUGGAGGAAGCUCAGAAAGAUAAGACAAGUGUGAUCAAGAACACAGACUCCCCUGAGUUCAAGGAACAGUUUAAACUCUGCAUCAACCGCAGCCACCGUGGUUUCCGAAGGGCCAUCCAGUCCAAAGGCAUCAAAUUUGAAGUGGUCCACAAAGGGGGGCUGUUCAAGACUGACCGGGUGCUGGGGAUAGCACAGCUGAAGCUGGAUGCCCUGGAGACAGCGUGUGAGGUCCGAGAGAUCCUUGAGGUCCUUGAUGGUCGCCGGCCCACAGGGGGGCGACUGGAGGUGAUGGUCCGGAUUCGAGAGCCACUGACAGCCCAGCAGUUGGAGACAACGACUGAGAGGUGGCUGGUCAUCGACCCUGUGCCAACCACUGUGCCCACACAGGUUGCUGGACCCAAAGGGAAAGCCCCUCCUGUGCCUGCCCCUACAAGGGAUCCAGGGAACAGAUCAGCCCGGCCUCUGCAUAGCCUCAGCGUGCUGGCUUUUGAUCAAGAGCGUCUGGAGCGGAAAAUCCUGGCCCUCAGGCAGGCACGGCGACCAGUGCCCCCGGAUGUAGCCCAGCAGUACCAGGACAUCAUGCAGCGCCUCCAGUGGCAGAGGGCACAGCUGGAGCAGGGAGGAGUGGGCAUCCGGAGGGAGUAUACAGCCCAGCUGGAGCGUCAGCUGCAGUUCUACACAGAGGCUGCCCGGCGCCUGGGCAAUGAUGGCAGCAGGGAAGCUGCAAAGGAGGCACUCUACAGGCGGAAUCUGGUGGAGAGCGAGCUGCAGAGACUUCGCAGAUGAGAGGCCAAUGGAGCAGGCAGUCCACCAAGAGCGGGUAGCAGGCCCACAGCCCUGGUGCAGGGAAGAGCUGACAUGGCCACCCACAAGACAAGUAGACAAUCAGCGGACAAUCAGUUCUGGACUUGUCCUCCAGCCCAGCCAGAGCCUCCCUAGCUGGAGGCGCUGGGGACAAUGCUGGUCAGCCAGCAUGUGCCCCUCACUUAGGCCUGGCUGGGUGGGCCCAGGAGAGUCCUGUUUGCACAGCCCAGGAGUGUCUGGCCUCUAGCCUGCCCUAGAGAGGGGAGGGCAGUUGAGACCAAGCCCCAAGGGCCCCUGCAAGCACUUUAUUUCUGUCCCUUCCCAGCCUUAACCCUGAAGCCCUCCUAUACCCCAAAGAAGCCGCUGAAGCUGGCCAAGCCCUGCUAGCUCCACAGAGGGUCAUCCAGGCCCUGCUGGCCCCCCACCCACCCAGGGCCAACACAUGGAGUAAACAGCCAGGGCCACACUCA